AUGGCCAACAAGGAAUUCACCCUACAAGAGGUUGCUGCUCACGACAGCAAGAAGGAUCUCUAUCUUAUCGUUGACGAGAAGGUCUACGACAUUUCCUCAUUCGUUGAUGAGCAUCCUGGUGGUGAAGAAGUUCUUCUCGAUGUUGGCGGCCAAGAUGCCACAGAGGCUUUUGAGGAUGUUGGUCACAGUGACGAGGCUCGUGAAAUCUUAGAAGGGCUUCUCGUCGGAAAGCUCAAGAGAGCGCCCGGAGACCCUGCCCCUGUCAGAUCUCAGACCGCUGCGACAAGCAAUGCCCCUUCGGCGGACGUGUCUACUGGUCUUGGAAUCGGCCUCUAUGCCGUCAUCGUCCUCGUCGGCGCCGUCGGCUACGGUUUAUACCAAUACUUGAACGCUGCGACUCCAGUCAAGGCAUAG